AUGAGGUGGUUUGUUCCGCUAGUGGGGGUCAUCAAAAUCAACUUCGAUGGUGCAAUUUUCAAGCCUGAUGGCUGUUCAAAUGUUGGUGUUGUUAUUAGGAACCACAACGGUGAUUUUCUUGUGGGACUAUGUCAAAAAAUUGUUGGGUGUUUGAGUGCAGAGAAUGUGGAAGCUUUAGCUGCAUCUGUUGCAGUGAAAUAG